AUGGCGGAAGGAUCCCAUACAUUACAACAACGUGCUGUCGUCGAGCACAUCACCAAAGCCCACAACCUGAAACGACAGCUGCCUGAAAGGAGCAUGGAAUCUUUGGCAACAACCGCUCGUUUCGUCAUGCUGAACUGCCGAACAUGGUCGAUUGAGCUCCGACAAACCGCCCUUCCUGGGCUUCUGGAAUAUCUUUCGGUGCAGAAAAGACGCAUGAGAGAUCGGCCCGUGAUCAGCACCGAAAAUUACACCACAUACUACGGUGAUGCUGAAGAGAGGAACGUAGAUGAUUGCGCGAUAGUUGUGAGGAAGGAUUACAACAACCUGGUGAAGGCUCAUCGUCGUCCAGAUACGCCUUUGUACGACUGCGGGAUCGCAGAGGACGUAAACUCUGGAUCGUAA